AUGCUCGGCGCGAAAAAGGUCGCCAAGGCACCGCAGGAGAAUACACAGAUAUGGGUAGAGAAGUACCGGCCAAAGACCCUUGAUCAAGUCAGCUCACAGGAGCACACGGUGGCGGUCCUCAAGAAGACACUCUUGCACGCAAAUAUGGCACACAUGCUCUUUUAUGGUCCGCCAGGAACGGGCAAGACAUCGACCAUCUUGGCCCUUGCAAAAGAGCUUUACGGGCCCGAAAUGUUCAAGAGCAGAGUACUCGAGCUCAAUGCAUCCGACGAGCGUGGUAUCGCCAUUGUUAGAGAAAAGGUCAAGAACUUUGCCAAGACGGCCGUCACAGCAGAUCAGACCCAAGGCGGCUACCCGUGCCCACCAUACAAAAUCAUCAUCCUAGAUGAAGCCGAUUCCAUGACACAGGAUGCUCAAUCUGCGCUGAGGCGGACCAUGGAGCAGUAUUCCAAGAUUACACGCUUCUGCCUCAUCUGCAACUAUGUCACGCGCAUCAUUGAGCCGCUCGCCUCGCGUUGCAGCAAGUUCAGAUUUAAACCGCUCGACGCAUCCGACACCGUGUCGCGGCUCAAGUACAUCGCCGAGCAGGAAAAGGUGACGUACGAAGAUGGCGUACUCGAAGCACUCAACAAGACGUGCGAGGGUGACUUGCGCAAAGCCAUCACUUAUAUGCAGUCUGCAGCCAAGUUGCAUCGUUCCCUGCUGAGCACGACAAUUGAUUUGGACGGAGACACAACACUCAAUCUCGAUGCUAAGAUUACGCUCGAUUCUAUUGCAGAAAUCGCCGGGACUGUACCAGAGGGAGUCGUACAGAGCUUAUUACGGGCGUGCAAGGAGAAGCAAGCGUUCGGUGCUCUCAAUAAGCUGACGAAGGAGGCCGUCGCGGAAGGCUACAAUGCAAUUCAAAUCAUGAGCCAAUUGCAUGACUUGGUGGUGGAGGACGAGCACAUCACGAAUCAGCAAAAGAAUGCGAUACUCAUGUACUUGAGCUUGACGGACAAACGGCUCAAUGAUGGCGCAGACGAGCACCUGCAAAUUCUCGAUAUGUUGACAACGAUGCGAUCCAUCAUGCGCUGA